AUGGCUUUCGUGUUCCGAUUCAUCAACAACCUGCGCCGUAAAAGAUGUGGAUACAAGCUGGAACUGGGCGUCUUCGAUCAGCAUGAAUUAAAACGUUCAGAAGAAGCACUAUGGAAGGUAGCCCAAGCUGAAGCCUUCUCAGAAGAAAUCACCAUUAUUUCUGGGUCGCAAGGGUCUCCCGAAGCGCAACACGACCGUGUUUCCAAGUCAAGUUCGAUCUACAAGAACUGGCCAUAUCUUCACGAGCGUGGGAUACUUCGGAUGCGUGGACGAAUCGGUGUCGCAUCCUUUGCACCGACCGAAGCUAAGUACCCCGCCAUCCUUCCCAGGCAACUCCUAAUUACGUUUCUUCUUACAGACUGGUACCACCGCCGUUUCCACCACGCCAACCGAGAGACCGUAACCAACGAAAUGCGUCAACGUUUCGAAAUCGCCAAGCUUCGUGCACUGAUCGCGAAGGUGUCGAAGACCUGCAUGAUUUGUCGACUGAGAAAAGCCAUGCCCAGUCCUCCCGCAAUGUCACCGCUUCCGAAAGCCAGGCUACAACCGUUCGUCCGACCAUUUACCUACGUCGGAUUGGAUUACUUCGGACCUGUAUUGGUGAAAGUAGGUAGAAGUCAGGUGAAAAGAUGGGUAGCCCUAUUUAUCUGCCUCACUAUUCGUGCCGUGCACUUGGAGGACGUGCACUGUUUAUCGACGGAAUCGUGCAUCAUGGCAGUGCGCCGUUUCAUCGCACGUCGUGGUUCCCCUGCUGAGUUCUACUCGGACAACGGAACAUGUUUUCAAGGCGCUAGCAGAGAGCUAAAAAGGGAAGAAGUACAUGCAAGGAACAACGCUCUAGCUACUACGUUCACGAAUGCGAAUACUCAAUGGAGAUUCAUUCCACCAGCGGCUCCACAUAUGGGUGGAGCGUGGGAGCUUCUAGUUCGAUCGGUGAAAGUGGCAAUGGGAGCCGUAGCUGACGCUCCUCGCAGACCAAGUGAUGAAGUCCUGGAAACGAUUCUCGUAGAAACCGAAGCGAUGAUCAACACGCGACCGCUCACCUACAUCCCACUCGAAUCGGCAGACCAAGAAGCUCUAACGCCUAACCACUUUCUGCUGGGAUCUUCCAAUGGUGACAAGAUCCGGCCGGACGAACCUAUUAAUAGCCCGGCGGUCCUGCGUAGCAGUUGGAAGCUAGCACAGGCCAUCACCAACGAGUUCUGGUCAAGAUGGGUGAAGGAGUAUCUGCCAGUGAUAACACGAAGAGGAAAAUGGUUCGAAGAAGUUCGGGACAUAGCAGUCGGUGAUCUGGUGUUGGUAGUGAGUGGAACGGUGAGGGACCAGUGGACUCGAGGACGAGUGGAAGAAGUCAUUCCUGGACGGGAUGGACGAGUCCGUCAGGCCUUAGUCCGGACAGCAUCUGGAGUACUGCGACGACCAGCAGUGAAACUAGCGGUUCUCGACGUUUCGGAGAGUAGUAAGCCUGAUCAAGGAGAUCCAGUGCAUCAGGAGCAUCACCAGGGUUUACGGGUGGAGGAAUGUCACGACGAGACCCCCCGUCGCAAUUCAACUGUGGUCGGAGGGAAAGAGAGGUAG